UGAUUUUAUGCAAUUUGUUGAGCAUGAGUCGAAGUUCAUGAGCUCCAAUUACCAUAGCAGUUAACUUAAAAAAACUGGACUUAGAAGAAGACAAGGACAGAGGUAUGAUAUCAUUGAUAUGGUUAUGAACCAGAAUUUCCAGUAAUUUUCAUUCUUUGGUUCUCAAUUUGGCUUUGGUUGUUAUUGGUAAUGACUCUACAAUUCACUUCUAUGCUUUGUGAUUGCUUUUUUCAUUCAGUCAUUUUCACAAACACCUUAUGGUCAUUGAUGUUAGGCUGCUCAAGUUGAUGUUUUUGUGGGAUUUGAGUCCUUUAUGUUUGUGGGGUUUCGUUUAUUUAUUUUUAUAAACUAUUUAAGCUCAUUUUUGUUUGAUUGCUUUGGGAUUUUAUGAGAGUUUUGGUGUUCUGAGUCCAUUGAGAGUUAUAGCAACAUGAGAAGAGUUGGAGCCUUGUGCUCAAUCAUGGUUAAAGACCAUCUGAAUAAACUUACACCUGUAAGGUGUUUAACUCCUAUUGUUGUUCAUUUUGGCCUGUGGAAUAGUGCCACACAGUCUCUAUCUUCAGCUCCAAUAUGUUCCAAUUGGCAAGUCUUGCCUUUCUGUACUUAUGUCUCUUCAGACUCAAAAAGUGAAAGUUUAGAUUUGUCUGUAGUGGGAUUGAGUCAAAAUGCUCUCAUUGAUGAUGGUGAUGACAAUGAGGAAGAGAAGGAUGAGGAUGACAGUGAUUGUGAAGAUGUUCAUUUACAACAAUUGAAUUCGUUAGAACAUGAGGGUCUUGCUCAAGAUAUAAAAACUCUUGUGCAUAUACUACGGGACGAACUGUCUCGCUGUGAAAUGAGGACAAAGCUCGACGAAUGUGGUAUAACAGCCUCAUCAGAGUUAGUAAUGCAGGUUCUUGCACAAGUUCGCAAUGAUUGGGAAGCAUCAUUCACCUUCUUUUUGUGGGCAGGAAAGCAGCCGGGUUAUUCUCAUUCCCUCCGCGAAUACCAUUCGAUGAUUUCCAUUCUUGGGAAAAUGAGAAAGUUUGACACCGCGUGGGCCUUGAUUGAUGAAAUGAGAACUCGAAAAGAUGGUCAAUCUCUUGUCACUCCACAGACACUUUUGAUCAUGAUUAGGAGAUAUUGUGCAGUCCAUGAUGUUGGGAGAGCUAUAAAUACUUUCUAUGGUUACAAACAGUUUAAGUUUCCUGUGGGAAUGGGUGAAUUCCAAGGACUUCUUUCUGCUCUUUGCCGGUACAAGAACGUUCAAGAUGCAGAACACUUACUCUUUUGCAACAAAGAUACCUUCCCUUUUAAUACCAAGAGCUUUAACAUUGUCCUCAAUGGAUGGUGUAAUAUAAUUGGUAGUCCACGCGAGGCACAGAGAAUUUGGUGGGAGAUGAGCAAGAGAGGCGUUCAACACGAUGUUGUUUCGUUUGCAAGUAUUAUAUCUUGCUAUUCGAAAUCAGGUAACUUGAAUAAGGUUCUAAGGCUAUUUAACAAAAUGAAAGCAAUGGAGAUUGUUCCUGAUAGGAAAGUUUAUAAUGCAAUCAUUCAUGCUCUUGCUAAGGGUAGGUUUGUGAAAGAAGCUAUCAAUCUUUUGAGAACAAUGGAAGGGAAAGGAAUUACUCCGAAUGCUGUCACAUAUAACUCACUGAUCAAGCCUCUAUGUAAGGCUCGAAAAAUCGAUGAAGCUAAACAGAUCUUUGAUGAGAUGUUGCAGCACAAAAUUUCAACCUCUGUUCAGACUUAUCAUGCCUUCUUCCGUGUUUUAAGAACCGGGGAAGAAGUCUUCAUGCUCUUGGAAAAGAUGAAAGAAAUGGGCUGUGAACCAACUUCUGAUACUUACAUAAUGUUGAUAAGAAAGUUUUCUAGAUGGAGGCAGCUGGAUAAUGUCUUUAAGUUGUGGAAUGAGAUGAUUGAUAGUGGAGUUAGUCCCGAUCGCAGUUCGUAUAUAGUGCUGAUACACGGGCUUUUCCUGAAUGGACAGUUGGAGGAAGCAUACAAAUACUACAUGGAAAUGAAGGAAAGACAGUAUUUGCCAGAGCCCAGGACUGAGGAAAUGCUCCAAGCAUGGGUGACUGGAAAGCACCAGAUGGCAGACGUAGAAGACAAUCAAUUAAGAUCUAGACAGCCAUACGGGAAAACCAUUCCUAUCACAAAGAAAAUUGAUCAGCAAACACACUUUCUUCGGGAACCUGAGACUAGAAGUGUUGUUAGAGAAAGAGGUUUUUCUUUUUGGGAUAAAUAGAAUUUCCUUGUUUUUGUUUAAUUAUUGGAUGAUAAAUUUCGCCAGUGAUCAACGGGACAUGUUUCUCACAGGCUAUACCAUACAGUGGAUGCUGCACCAACAAAUUAGAUGCCACUUAAACAUUCAGGCUCCUUUUAUGGGGUUGUUUUUGAACAGGUGUCUUAAGCUUUCUGCAUGGAAUAGGGUAAUAGUAAAGUAAAGCUUUAGUUUCAAUCCAUGCACAACAUUUACUAAAGAGGUUGGUAAUUCAUUCUCCUCAGAUCUUUAAAAUCUCUAUGAUGAUGAUAUUGAUGAUGAUGAUGAUUAAUAAAUGGUUGAGUAAUAGUUGAGUUGGCCAAAACAUAAAGAGAGAUUGUGACACACAUGAUUAUUUUUUUUGUGGAUUAGAUUUUUAGUUAAGGAAGAUUCUGUUCUUUUGUGU